AUGCCGUCAUCGCCGAGUUCUGUUUCUUUGUGUGUGUAUUUGUAUCAGUUGAGAAGUAAUUUUGAAGAUAGAAAACAAAUGAAGAAUUCAGUGUCUGAACAGAGCUUGUACGUAGAGAGUGACGAAGAGGAUGUGGAGAAGGCAUAUGAUGAAGGUGGAGUUGCAGAAGAUGGGAAUGAUUCUGAUUUCUCCAAUUACUCCAAUGAUAAUAAGAAUAGCCACCAAAGCAAGCCCAAUUCAUACAAUACCUCUUGGCCUCAAAGUUACAGGCAAUCAAUUGAUCUGUACAGUAGUGUUCCAUCUCCGAGUCUUAACUUUCUCGGGACACCAUCUUUGCCUAAAAGCUCGUACCUUUCCUCGUCCCUUACAAGGAGACAUACGCCAGAGAUAUUACCUUCUCUGGAUAAACCACUCUUAUCUGAAGUAGAGGAUGAGAAAGUACCACAGCAACGACGUAGUUCCCAUUCUCUAUUGCCACCUAUACCGUCAAAGAAGCCGGGAAUAAAGAAAGUGAGUCUCGAGGAGAAAGAGUCCAAGGUCUCAGAUGAACUUCCAAAUUCUCGCCAGAGCUCAUAUGGCCAAGCAGUGUUAAACGGCAUGAAUGUUCUCUGUGGAGUUGGAGUCCUUUCUACUCCAUAUGCUGUCAAAGAGGGAGGGUGGCUCGGGCUUUCUAUAUUAUUGAUUUUCGCUGUGCUUUCUUACUACACCGGUAUUCUCUUACGAUACUGCUUGGACAGUCAACCUGGGAUUGAAACAUACCCGGACAUUGGCCAGGCUGCCUUCGGUAGAAUGGGACGUAUUGCAAUAUCAAUAAUUUUAUACGUGGAAUUAUACGCUUGUUGCAUUGAAUUCAUUAUUUUGGAGAGCGACAACUUGUCAUCUUUAUUUCCAAAUGUGCAUUUAAGCAUUGGAGGAUUCGAAUUAAACUCUCCCCAUUUCUUUGCAUUGAUGACCGCCCUGGCCAUUCUUCCUACUGUUUGGUUGCGCGACCUGAGUAUUCUUAGCUAUAUAUCCGCGGGAGGAGUAAUUGCAUCAGUGUUGGUGGUUGCUUGCUUGUUCUGGGUUGGCUUAGUUGAUCAAGUUGGCUUUCAGACUAAUGGCACAAUGCUGAACCUUUCCACUCUUCCGGUUUCUAUUGGUCUAUACGGUUAUUGCUACUCAGGUCAUGCUGUUUUUCCCAACAUCUAUACAUCAAUGGAAAAACCUAACCAGUAUCCUGCAGUCCUCCUAACAAGUUUUGGCAUUUGCACUUUGCUGUAUACUGGAGUUGCUGUAUUGGGAUACACUAUGUUCGGAGUAUCAACGAAAUCACAGUUCACCCUCAACAUGCCCCAAGAUUUAGUUGCAUCUAAAAUUGCUGUUUGGACUACGGUAGUCAAUCCAUUUACAAAAUAUCCUUUCACUGAAUCUACUCGUUCGAAUACUUCGAGGGUCGAGCAUCUUCAUUUAUCAUAA